AUGUCUUUUAUCCCCAGCGUAUCCCAAAACAGCCUUGCAUCGUGCAUUCCUGAUGCUUUGAAAAAGUUGCCCAAAAAAUACUACUCGCACCAGUUGAACAUUUCAAAAAUUCCAGCUUUACCAUCCAGGCUCGACUCUGUUGAAAGAAGAAGAGGAUCUAAUAAGAGCUCACGAAUUACCCAAAUUACAAAACGCCAAAGUCGCGUUACACAGCUCAUUCGAACAAAGAAAGCCAUCAAGAGCAAACUACAAUCAGCCACAUCUCAGGGGCUUUACCAACGGAGAUCACUCGAACGAUUCUCGUCAGAAUGUUCAAAACUCCAAUAA